AUGGCAGCCAGUGGAAUGCCCGGUCUUCCUCCAGCCAUCCGCCUCUCGCCCACCCAUUCUCGAACAAACUCGCGUUCUACCUCCCCCGACAGAAAUCCGGCUGUGCUCUACCAGAAAAUCGACCCCCUCUUGAGUAACCUCUCCCCCGAAUCCACCCUCCACGCCCUCACCUCCACGGAAGCCGUGCCGUCGAACGAGAAACGCGCCCAUGAUAUCCUGUCACAAAGUAUCUCGCAGGUGUCCCCGGCGGAACGGGCCCUCGGGAUACGCGCCGCGGUAGCCGCCCAGAACUUGAGUCUCUGGCUCAACGAGGUACAGUCGUGGGGAUGGCCGACUCCGAACGAGGCAAAGGCGGGAAAGGGCUUCGUUCCUCCUCCCUCCGCCGAGCCAUCUCUAGGUCCUGGGUGCGCGAAGUCCUCUUCUUCAUCCCUUGUUAGCAGCACCGAGGACGAGUAUUAUGGGAGUUUGCCGGCGGAGGUGGUGGAGGAAUAUGAAACGCGAAUUGAAGAAAUUCGCGAUGGUAUGGACGAUCUCAACGUGGAGGAAUUGAAGGAGCAUGUGCUCAGUGCCCACAUUCCAGCCCGGUCGAGACCCUCUUCCAACAACAGCACCGUGUCUAUACCUCCACCGCUUAGCUAUGUCCAGCUGAGUGAUUUCACCGCCGUCAUUACAACCACCAUCCUGCGCGCUCUGCCGUUCUUGUCCAAGUUGAAUAGCCUCCUGUCAACAUGGGAUGUCCGCCUGCUGGUCUUGCGUCAGAUCCCUGGUCUUCUAAGGGAGCUGAACUUAACCCGGACCGCUUUAGAUUCCUCGCUAAAGGAGUUACGGACCGCUGAUCUGUCUGAUACCAACCAUUCUCCCUUUUCGAGCUCAUAUCUGCAGUCUCAACAUGCCAAGCUCGAGUCGACCGUUGUCACUGUCGGCAGACGCAUGGAUCGCGUUUUGGAUGCGUUGGAAGGACGUCAGGAUUCAUUGCCGGAGCGUUGGAUCGACGAUCUGGAAGGCAUCGAGUCUGACUUUGCUGCGUGGGUGGUAGAGGCGGAAAGAUAUAAGAUUCGCGCUGAAUGGUUGCAGAACCAGCGUGCGGUGGAUGAAACCCCUGAACUGUCUGAGCUUGAGCCCGAAGAACAGGAAAAUAGUGUUCAUGAAAUGGAGCCUAUUAAGGAGGAGCCUGCCGAGGAGGAGACCAUUGAGAACGCGUCUAUUGAAAAUGAUCCCAUUGAGGAAGAGCCCCAACGGGAUUCUGAAUUGUCUUCCGAGGACACUGCCCAGCAACCGGUUGAGCAACCAUUCGCUCAAGCAGAGCAGGAAUCAAUCCUUUCUCAUUCUGAUGCUCCGGAUUCCCAGACAAUGGAGAUCCAAUCACCUUCUGAUAGCCCACCAGCUGCGGAGGUACCUGGCAUCAUCGUGGACAAUGACGACACUCCCGAGGAACAUCCUUCUAUUGCAGCUGCAGAGGACUUGCGUACUCCAACACAAAUGGAGUUUCUCCCAGAACGCCCUACGAAUGCUGGAGAACAACAAACCCCAACUCCUUCAAUAACCCAGCGACCUAUUCCCGCCCAGGAAAACAAGGAAAAUAUCCCUCCGCUCAAUUUCAAAGAAAAAGAACCAGCGACACCACCCUUCGAACAGUCACCUGCAGUGAAACCGGUUGCUCGAUCCGAGCACAAAGAACUGAUCGAGGAUCCCUUCAUUCAUUCACACGCCUCUGGGUGUGAAGUCAGCCAUGAGGAAGGAUUGUCCGCUGAUAAACCUGCUGAUGAUCAAGAGGACUUGGGAUCCAGCAGCGAAGCGAAAGAUUCAAUUGAGAUUGAUGCCCACCAAGAGACGAUCACCGAAAUGAAGGCCCCCAGGACCCCGCUUUCAUUGAACCGUUCAUUGCCUAGAGAAGCCGAGACGGUGACGACUCCCAAACUUCCGGAACAUUCUUUCAUUCGAGAUUCCCAAGUACAGCAAUUGUCAGAUACACCCAAGGUCCCUAGCACUCCGACUUUGGCAGACAUCCAUGAGCCAGUGCCUUCCCCGACGAGAAUACCAAUUCGGCAGGGCGUGCCUACGAAUCCGGAUAACUCUGGAUCCAAGCCUCAAAGCGUGAAACCAAAGCCACCGACUGAACAAAGUCCAGCAGCACGACCAAAAUCUCGCAUGCCGUUACAAAGCCCCAUCAAGCUAUCCAAAGCGAGACGGCCAGGGAAGCUGGAUCGUGAUAAGAACACGCCUAACCCACGUCGGCGUCGGACUUCGUCAGGCUCUGUGGAUUCUCUGCUUUCCGAUACCUCGUCACUUAUAUCCAGUGUCGAUCCUCCAGAACCUCGUACUGGCUCGUCGAACGAAACGCCACUUCUUCGGAAAUCGACAAAUCCGAAGCAUGAUAACCCUGGUGCUCUGCCACCGUACAGUGGUCAUACAUUGCGAGAGGACCGCCUCCGCCGUUUGGAUAGUCCCAAAGGCUCAUCUCUUCGGGCGGCAUUCCAACAAAGCCGGACCGUCAGCUUGCCCAUGGAGCGAUUUAUCAACGAAAGGAUGGAUAUAAGGAUGGGAGACGUGCCGGACACGCCACUGCCUGACGACAGCUCUUCAACGCCAAUACAACAGGUGCCUUGUACCGCUCCUCGUCGUCCGACACUCACUCGAGGGAAGUCUGCGUCUGAAUUGACUACACAACUUCAAAGAUCCAGAUUCGCCGAUCAUCCCAGGAAUUUAUUCUCGAAAGAUUUAUUCCAUCGUGCCCUCAACACUCAGAGUCAUCACAAAUCCCAUCUGCCCCUACGCAAGCGACUGACAGCUCAUCCAAGUUUGGAAAGCCUCGGAAUAAAGCGACAAGAGCUUGCAUUUGUAGAGGAAGAUGAAGCGGAGUUGCCGUCCGUGGAAAUUCGUGCUUCAACGCCAAUCAGACAAUUCAGGAAGCCAAGAGAUCGACUGGAUCGGAAGGUCAGCUCUAUCUUGAACACUCUUCCCGGCCGGAUUCAUCUCGUGGAUCCUAACAACGAACCGGAUACAUCUUCAUCUUCGUCUUCCUUGGACAGACGUUUGCGAGGGAGGUUCCGCUCCGAGUCACCUACCGGUUUGGCAUCCCGAAGUAUCACCCCCGCUCCGUCUCUGACUCUGAUGCCCGCUGGUCGUCGGCGGCAAUCUUCCCACAAGUCGGAAGAUAGCUACGUCAAGCUGUAUCACCUCCACCACGGUGGUCAGACCGCACCAACUAAACUGUUUGUGCGAACCGUCGGAGAGGAAGGCCAGCGUGUCAUGGUCCGGGUCGGCGGCGGAUGGGCCGAUCUGGGCGAAUACCUCCGUGAAUACAUCAUCCAUCAUGGCCGUCGGAAAGUAUCAGAAACUACUCCUCGUGUUGAGGUUCAAGGACUGGCAUCUCGUGAAUCACCAGCCUAUUCGCCGUCACCGGGCAUUUUGCUCUCUUCCACCACACCCACUUCAUCCUACCUCUCUUCUGGCCGAGCAACUCCUUCCCGCCCACCCUCAGUGCUCAGCGCCCGCCCACCUUCUUCCCUUACAGUCCGCAAAACAAGACGCGGGUCCAAUGCAUCUGAUGCCGUGGCCCCUAGGGCUGUCACCACAGGAAAUUUGAACUCCCUCGCCACGCCACAAACAGCGUCCUCCGGUCGUCGGCGUCUCUCCGUCUCAUCCAAUUACUCCAAUGACACCGUGGCUGCGUCGAUGUCCACUCCAUUAGGACUGGCUGGACCCAAACCCCGCUCGCGGCAACUGUCCAUGAGCCCGGAGGGUGAAGCCUGGAUCCAGGAUGUGCUCCAGCAGACUCGGCGUUCAGGAUCGUCCAAUCCACCACCUUUCCCGUUGAACAGUGCCCCAGACUAUGCUGAACCGCCCGAAUCUGUGGAUGGCAGCCUCCCCGAUCUCUCUAUGCCCAAGAAGGGCCGCCGCAGCGUCAGUGAUAUUGGAACCACGGGUUCUAGCAGACGGGUCGCCCUUCGAGGACUCGGGAGUCGCAGGUCAUAA